GACCUUCUGGACAAGUAUGUGUCAUGAUCCUAACAUGAAGUAGCUUAAGAAAAUUUAUACCUUAGGUACUUCAGAGUUAAUAAAGCUGAAUGAAUUUGACACUGUGAUUGGAGUAAAAUGCUGCACACUUGACAUUUCAUUGAGGAAGCCACUCCUAGUGUUAGGCAUCAAAUUUUUAAGUAAUAUCUUAUAUCUGCGAGUAAUUCUUGUUUCGUACUUCGCACCCUGACUGCAUUAAGAAUCUUGCACCAGUUAUUACGGAUUUGAUAUAGAUACCACUGUUCUUGGUACAGCUCUACUGUGGUGUCAACUAUAUAGAAGUCAACUGAACUUGCAACUGAGAUGAAAGCAAAUGUUUAUUUUAAUAGUGUGUAUAUAGUACACUAACCAAUGUUUAGUAAAGGCACCUACUAAUAAUCGUACGCAUUGUGGUAUGUGAAAAGAAGGGUUUUAGGAAACACCUUGAUAAUAACUGUGUCAACAGUUUUAUAAAAGCGUGCAGUAAUAUGUGAUUGGUAUCAUGAUGUGGUUGCUGUGACAUUAAGCAAUAUCUAAAAGGGCAAUAGGUUAGUGGGUGAGGUGGGAGUAGCAACAUGCCGUUCCCACCCCCUCCACCACCACCUGGACCACCUCCACCACCUGUUUUUGGAGGCGGAACACCAAAACUUGCUGGUGAUGAAAGUAGGAAUCAACUGCUGCAGUCAAUUCGGAAGGGCACAACUCUAAAAAAAACUGUUACCUGUGAUCGAAGUGCUCCAGUAAUCUCAGGGAAAGUCAAAGGUUCAGACAGCAGCAGCAUUAAUGGAAGCACUAACUUCAGCAGCAGUAGCAGCACUAGAUUCAACAGCAGCAGCACAGAUUUCCCAAAAAACAAUGGCCUCGGUGGUCUUUUCAAGGGAGAAAUGCCAAAACUGCGACCAACUGGGAGACUAGGAGACACAGGCAGUGCAUUACAAAACAUGACUCAGUCAAGACAUUCUCCACCUGCCAGCAAUGCUAGACAGGAUUCCGACAGGCGUCCGUAUCCUUAUGACAUUAAAAACAGGGGUCCACCGCCACAACCUCCACCUCCAUCUCAGAAGCCAUCAAUGCCAACAAGUGCAUCGGACUCCGUAUUGCAGACGGGAUCAGGCCGCUUUAACACAGGUGUACAGUCCUCAGGAAGUGGACCACCGUCUUUACCCAGCAAGCCUCCUGUUGGAAGCUAUGGAAAACCCAAUGUUGCUCCAAAACCUCCAUCUGCCAGUUCUCCUGGAAAGCCCUCUCCUCCUCCAAAGAAACUUGUGAUGAAUGGUAGUAGACCAUCAGUGACACGUGCUCAAAGCAUGAGGGUGCCUCGUUCUCCACCAGUAGCCCCUCCAUUACCUGUAUUCCCCCCUGCUGGUAAAGAAUUGACAAGCUAUCAGAAAGGGACAAUGGUUCCACCCGCUUUUCACCAAUCGCAGGACUCAUUACAUCGAUAUCGUACAAACCCUCCUCCACCUCCACGUACUGCUACUCUACCGUCUAAUCUCAGUGGACAUAGUAUGAAGUCAGUUGCCCCUCUGCCCCCUCCAUCAACUCCUCCUCCCCCUGCCCCCACUGUCCGUCCGCCAAGGCCACCACAAACUCGACCUCCUCCACCACCAUCACGGAUGGGUGCGCCGCAGUGUCCUCCCCCUCCACCUCCCACGACAGCGCCACCUCCACCACCCCACAGAACGACUCCUGCUCCUCCUCCUCCAUCAUCACAAGCCAGACAGGCUCCUUCAAUUCCAUGUUCAGCUCCACCCCCACCACCAGUUAGAAAUUCUUCAAUGAGGAAUGGUAAUUCUCCAGUUUGUGGUGACAUAGAAACAAGAUUUGCUGACCAUUUUCGUGCUGUGCAUGAAUUUCCACCACCUCCACCAUUUAGGAAUGUUCCAAAAAUAUACAAUAGCAAAAAUGUGUUGAAGCAGCAAGCUUCGUUUUCAGCAAAGCAGCAAGCACCACUACCACCCAUGUUGCAGAUUGGCAAUAAAAUGUGGGCAAAUGAUAGUUCCACAUGUUAAUCUUGACUAGAAGUAACAGUAUUGAAUGAGGCAGCAGCAUCAUAGUCUCUUUCAGAAGGGAUUCUUUGGAAGUGCUGUUCGCUGCUUUCCUUUUUCUAAAAAUCAGAAGCUGGUGUCAUUAUACUUCCAUGGUGCUUUAAUCCCAGGAGACUGCAAACUUUGAAGAAUGUUAUAAUUAUGUUUUGUGUUUUUUUCUGGCUGUGGUUAAACUGCAUUCGUUAUUAAUGCCAUUGAGAGCAAGCACAAAAGUAUGUUUAAAUGUGACCUCAUUUUGGCUCAUCCUGUAUAGUGGCUAUGUGUUAACUGAAAGACUGACUGUUGUUUCUCUCUGUAUCAAAGUAUAUAUACAUAUAUAUAAAUAGCAAAGCAGUUGUUCACUGUUUAGUGCUUUGGUUUAAUACGUAGUGAGAAUAUAGCAGUUUGCUGUUUAUUAAAUUGAAACUCUAUAUUUUAAAAUGACAGAUGACUAUAUGUUAUUCGUAUUAGAACAGCAUUGUUGUCGUCUACACAAAAAUGCUGAACAAGUUUUGGAAAAAAGAGUUUGGAUUAACUUUUAAUUGUUUACUUUACUAUUAGUUAACAGUAAUUGCUGUUUUCCAAAAGAAGAAAUGUUGAAGUUUACUUUAUAGUAUUGUUGUAUUUAAUUGUUUAUUAACUUAUUUUUUUCAAGUGUAAAAUAUGUUUGUGCCUUUUGGUCCACAUAUUUACCUGCAAUCUGCUGCAGUUUAAGCAGCCAGCUGUGGUGUACAGUGCUUUAAAGUUGUUGAAGUUGAUCUGAUAUCUCUUUCAAAAUGUAUUAAUUUUUUUUAGUUCACUUGAACUGUAUAAUCUGAUAAAGCCACUAUAUUUGCUUAUAAAUUGCCCACUAGAGUAUUUGAAAAAUUACUAAUUCUUCUAAGAAACAAAUAAAUAUUUUGUGCUUACAUUACAGAUUGCACAUGUUGGAGGCUAUGCAGUGUUAUAUAUGUUGAAAUUAAUAAAAGCGGUAUAGGUGAAUGUCAUCAUAUGUAGUUCCACCAGUAAAACAUGCGUGCAUACUUCAGUAGGUGAUAUUUUACAGAGAAAGUUGGUGAUCAUAAAUUACAUAAAUUAAUGUGUGUUCCACCUGGUAUUCUUAUGACACAAGCUCUCUGAAGUUUCGCUGUAUUUUAUAAGGUUGACGAAGAUGGCCCACAUACACGUGCUGCGUUGAAGUUUCAGGCACAGCCUUCACUGACAAAUAAUCCUUAUCAAUAAAAUGAGUAGUAAUUUGCAUUAAAGUGAAACUGAAAAAGAAGGGGGUGGGGGUGGGUUGAAAAUGCAUUAUAAUAACUUCCAAGUUAGUGAAAUCAGUACGUGUUCUGAAAAAAUCAAUAAAAUUUUUCUUGCAAUUUUAUAGUCAUGUUCUACUGUCAGUUGAUAACAGCAUUUUGAAUUUGUCAGUUGCCUAAUAAAAACUUUUUGGAGUUGUUUUUUGUAUGGGAUACUGUCUAACAGAGAGAAAGACAGGUGUGAAGAUGCUAGUGGGUCAAAAAUGUAAUGAUUGUAUGGUGUUAUUGGCCAGGAGAUCCAGGUUGGAGUUGCUCAGCCACCUGGUGCGCUAAUGGGUGAAUGUAAAAACUUUACAUCACAUGCAUUGAAGUCUUGUGUAUACACACACACAAACAAACAAAAUUAACCCACUAAUUAUAGUGUCAAGUCUCAUAAGGAGUUUGGUGACAAGAGCAGUCAAAGUGGGUCUGAAGAGAAGAAAAAAUAAGAUGCUGCAAGAGUGAGAACAUCUAUUGAAAUGAUGAUUGUUUCCAAAACAGUAUUGAUAACAUACAAGUACUGUCAGUUUUUUUGCUGCCUUCUUUGUUGAAUUAUCUGUUUCUCUUGAGAUUGUUUAGAUAGUUCCUCUGUCUUUUCAGAACUUUGUUUAUGGCAGAUGAUAAACUAUGUACCAAAUGUGUUAUUAUUGACAGCACUUCCAGUUGAUAUUUUUAAGGGAUGGUGGAUUAUAAGAUCGUUUGCUUUGGUGAUGGCUUGUUUCCUUUGUAGUAUUCCUUUUUGUAUUUGUGUUGCAGUUUGAGUUUACUUCCCUAGCACAACUGUGAAUUACCGUAACUGUACUGUUUCAUUCAUAUCUCGUAACAGUGAACUAUGCAUUCAUUAUUUGGUGUCAGAAAUAAUUAUUUGCUGUCACUAAAUUUAUCUGAGCAGUUUCGUGUAUGAUGUUCCCUUACAGUUUAACAAUUUCAAGCAAUUUAGAAAAGCACAAAGAAACAGAACUGAAAUUGUUUUUCAAAUAUCAUCUCUCAGACAUCUAUUUUAAAUGGAUAGAACAGAGUGCAAAAACUUAGGCUGCUGAAGAUAAUGUGUGGGUGACAGGAAAAAGUAGUUUGUUCCAGCAACCAAUUAGCUCCCCCUAAUGAAAGUGCAGCGUGCUCCUGAUGUUCAGUAUUUGUUAAGGCUCUCCAGCGCCUCCCUAAAUUUACACAUUCCUUAUGUCAUGUUUUAACUAUAAUGAAUGUUGCUUUAUCCUCACAAUUACAAUGUCACCAAUAUUGUCGAAACUGCUAUUAUCUUUUGAUACUCUUUGCAGUAGCAAUUGAGUACCUAAAUCAAGGUGAAUAAUUUAGUAUCAUUCUCAGCUUAGCCUGUGACCAGUUGUGGAAUUGGUUCAACCUUAACCAUGAAGAAGGCACUUCACACUAUUAUUAACAGUGAAUUGUUUGGAUUUCCUUUUUCCUAACUUAUUUUCCCUUUGUCUCCUUCGCGUAACACAAUUUUGCACUUCACUUGUUGGUAGACAUCAGAUGAAGAUAUGUCCUAUUUUGGUCAUUGUAUUUGCUGUAGUAUCUGCAGCUGUAACUUCCUAUAAUGAGGAUAAGGAAGGUAAAUUCACAAAUUACUUGCAACACAUAUUUUCUAGUGUGAUCAGACUUGUGUAGGACAUCAGCACAUCAUAUCGCUUUUUAUUCAUUCAGUUUUAAAUUAAAAUGUACAAUACCACUGAGGAAAGAAACCAAGUCCAAAGCAGUGACUGGAUAUCUGGCCUUAUAAAAAAAGUUGAGGAAUAAUGUGGACCAUUAGGAACACAGAAAUUUGUUUCCUGAAUUACCAACUUGUAUGGAUUUCAAUGGAAAUAAUUGCAUAACGCACUUUGUAUCUUCCAGCUACUGUUGUCCUGUCAGUUAUUAAUGUAAUGGCAACCAGGCUGUCACUGUUAACCUAGUCACUAUAUUUUGGCAGUGACUAAUUUUAAUGGAAGGAUGUUAGACCUUAUGUUAAUAACCCAAUCCCAGUGCCUAACGUGCACAGAACUAUGUAUUAUAAAAGUCUUGUAAAUAAUUGUAUAAAGAAAACAGAAAUGCAAAUGCAACUUAUUGUAUGUGUUUAAAAAUAAAAUUAUUUUUAUCCUCUGAA